GUCAUCCACUAUAGCAGCAUGCCUUAAUUCUGUCUUCUUAGUUGUUAAGAAACAUGUUGGAAGGAUGUACACCAGGUGCUUGCAUAGAACUCGGAUUGUCCAUUGCACCUAUCCCAAAUACGCCCAAACUCAAAGUUAUCUUUCAGAUCACAUAUACAGCAUCUCCUGCCAUUCCCCCAGGCCUUUCUGCAGCACUUAUACCCAAUGCCAAUUUCACUGUUCGCCUAUUGAAUUUUGUGGGUGGUAAGAUGGAAUUGGAAGACUUGGGCAAAAACAAGACUCGAGUCGAUGUCAUGUUUGAGUUGUUUCCAGGUAGCAGCCAUAGUGAUCAGCACUUGUUGUUUAUUGAAAAGCCUUCUCAAAUCUUGGAAAAACACUUGUCGAAUAUUCGGUUUUCAAAUGAACCCACAUUAGAAGAUUUAAAUGGGUUUAUUGCUAAACUCAAGGGUGUUCGUAUGAUUUUGCAUGCACCUGAAAAGAGUAUUUUUGCAAAGCACUUGACGAGUUGCUUAGCGAGUUGGAAUACGGAUAUUAGUCAUUUGCCUGUCUUGGGAUACAAUACAGAAGAGGAUGAACAAAUCAGUGAUACAAACACUACAGUCGGAUCUGAUUCAGAUGCUUCUAUAGCCUCUCAACAGCAGCAACGACAACAACCGCCAAAGACACCCUUAGAUAUUCAUUCUGUUCUAUCGCCUUCUACCAGUAGAAGUUUAAGUAAUAAUAACAAAGUGCCUUCUCCAGCCACAGCAGAAGAGCAUAUUCAUUCGAUUCCACCUGCUUUUGUAUUGAUUGACGAUGAUCUUUUAACACUUGAAAGAAAACUCAAAGAGUUCCGAGAUAAAGCCUCUUCUCCUUUAAUACAGCAACAACAACAACAGCAACAACAACAGCAACAGCAACAACAACAACAACAACAACAACAACAACAACAACAACAACAACAACAACAACAACAACAACAACAACAACAACAACAGCAACCUACACCAGCAACGUCACAACCCUUAGCCUCACAAGCAUCACUUGCAACGCCUCAUCGUCGUCACCGACGCUCUAAAUCUCGCAACAACCUUGGCUCAGAUGCCAUGCUUCAAGGUACAGUUGCCGUGGUCUUUUUUUCUUCACUCAGUAACUAUAAACGAGUACGUGAUGUGAUCCAUUGGUUCUCGACGACACCUACACCUCAUUCACCCCGUGUGGUCGUGGUUCCUAAACCUGCUGGUCCACGUCGAUUUUUGACAGCCCUUCAUACGGCUUGGCGUAACGCUGUGGUUGAACCACAUUUUAUGCCGAUUGCUACGUCCCCCCUUAGCCCAUUUGUAGGGCCUCAUCAGCAUCUUUUGUUCUCGCCUCAACCUUAUCAGGACGCCAUCACACCAGCGGCUAUUUUGACACCACACGAUCCUACACGGUUCUCACCUGGCGGCCGAAGACCACGCAUCCAUUCACCCAGCGGUCUUCAAGUCGAGUCUGAAAAGGGCAAUUAUUUUUUCGAUCCGUUAGCCAUUCGUUCGAAUGCUGUCACACAGAACCACGUCUUGCCUCCUAAACUCAAUACCUCGCCUCAUUUAUCGGCUGUCAAGAACAAUACUUUGAUGAAUGCGGUCGUGCCUGCCAUCACACCCUCUACUGCCAACCCGGCCACACCUGUCUCAGCACACUCGCCCACGACCAACGGAAAGCCUCCCCGUCGACUUCGGUCUCACAGCAACACGUUUGUUCCUUCUGGAGGCAGACGUACCUUGAUCGACCUCUCUUUAUCUCCUUCAGGCAGUCAACAAGCCUCGCCUAAACUUGAAGAACACAUCAUGUCACCCAAUAAGAAACAUGCAGAUAUGAUAGAACCUUAUGAAGGCUUACCACCCCCUAUAGUUGCACCAAACCCUAAUUUUCACGGAUCGCCUCUUUUGGGUUCUGUAGAUCAUGUCUUGUCUCCCAAGGCAACAGCUGACUUGCCUCAACCAGAGAACCCUAAGCCUAAAUCCAAAUCAAAAUUUAACUUUAAGAUCAGUAACCGUAAGCGUAAAGAAAAGAACACACAAUCAGAAAAACAAAGUCCUCCUAUCAGUGUAUUGAUUGUAGAAGACAACAUGAUCAAUCAAGCUAUUUUAUCUACAUGGAUGAAGAAGCAUAGUAUUAAAUUCUCUGUGGCUUCUGAUGGUAAAGAAGCCGUAGAGAAAUGGAAAGGAGGUGGAUUUCAUUUAAUUCUCAUGGAUAUUCAAUUGCCUGUUAUGGACGGUAUUGAAGCAACCAAAAUGAUUCGAAGUAUUGAAAAAGAACGAAAGAUUGGUGUUUUGCCCGGCACGAUCGAAGAGGAACCACCAGAGGAACCUAUACGACCAGCAGCACCUAUCACUCUUUCUUCCUCGUCCACCUCGUCUACUUCGUCCUUGAUCGAGCAGCGUGUGUUUCAAUCGCCUGUGAUUAUUGUCGCACUCACGGCUUCUUCUUUGGAAAGUGACCGGCAGUCCGCCUUAGCUGCAGGCUGUAAUGAUUUCUUGACAAAGCCUGUGAGUCUUGAAUGGCUCGAGAAAAAAAUCAUGGAAUGGGGAUGCAUGCAGGCCCUGAUUGAUUUUGAGGGAUGGCGAAAAUGGAAAGACAAGCAAAAUACACCCGCGCAUCCAUACAAACGUGAUCCUCCCAAGGAGAGUCAUGAACGAGAACAAUUGGCUCUCCGUGCCAAAGAAAUGGUCAAUGAUCAAUCAAGGGCUAUUGUGUUGCUAGGUCUGAACAAAAAGAAGGAUCGGUCGGUCAAUCAGCGUACUAGAAAACCAAAUGAUAAGCGAUCUAUUUCGGACUCUGUACUUUCGAUUCCCAGACAAGUAGAAGAAAGAGAAAAGAAGAGACAACAACAAGAAGACAUGUUGAGGUUAACUCAAAAUUCAAAAGAGGGAGAAGAAGACGAUGAUGAAGAAGUAUAGGAGGUUGUAUUUUAUAUCUAUUUUCUUAAAAGGAGGAGGGGAGAUUCUGCAGGAAAAAUAAAACAUUGUGUAAGGGAGAAAGCAUGAAUUCAUUUAAAAUCGUUUAGAAGUUUCUCCUUGC